UUAAUCUUACUUGAGAAAGCACGUUUCAAGAUUCAAGAAACUCCCGCCAAAACACACUCUCUCUCUCUCUCUCUCUGGCCAUGGAGGAACGUCGUCUUGGAUCGAUUUUAUGGGCCCUCGCCGGAAGAUCGACGCCGUCAACCGUUCUGUUGACACUUCUGUUCUUUAUCAUUCUCUCAGUCCCAGUCGUUGCUGUCGCCGGAAUCACAGAAGAAGAACUCGAGACCGCCAUUGACGCACUUCGACUGAAGGGAUAUGAUCUUUUCGCCAAUGCAAUCGAAACCUCCGAUCUUCAGUACGAGCUCCUCGAAGGCGGCGAUUCCUUCACAUUCUUCGCUCCCACGGACUCAUCGCUCUACUAUCUCGAUCUGGAAUCACGGGCUUCAGAUUACAUCCAGAACUUACGGUUCCACAUAUCCCCUCAUCGUCUUAGCAUUUCAGAUCUUGGGAUUGUCUCUAUGUCUCAGGUGCCUUACAUCGGAAGUCUGGUCCCUAAUCACGUUCUCUUUAUCGCCAUUAAUCACACCACAGAGACCAACCUCUCUGCCCCGCUGAUCGUCGACGGCGUUCAGAUCUCAAUUCCCAACCUAUACGUAGGUCCCGGCAUCACCAUACAUGGACUCGAUGGAAUUCUUGAUGUCAGAUUUCAGGCAGGGGCGAGCGUCUCAGGCGAUCCGAUUAGUCUUCGUCCAGCAAUGUCCCCCUCUCCCACUCUGGACAGCGACUUUUUCUGUCCAGUCCCAUCUCCGACGAUCCAAGAUUUAAUAACGCCGGCAUGUUCUCCGGCCCCAAGUAUCCAAGAUUUGGAAACGAUGUCAAGUUCACCCUCACCGACGAUGCAAGAUUUGACAAUGUCGGCAAGUUCACCUUCGCCGACGAUGCAGGAUUUGAUAACGUCGUCAAGUUCACAAUUGCCGCCAAUGCAGGACUUGACAACGCCGGGUAGUUUUCCGGCGCCGGGGAGCGUGACUUCAAGAUUCAGAAAGCACGGGAAGCACAAUGAGCAUCGCAGGCGCAAGAAACGGCACGGGAAGAAAGUUAGCGACGAAUAUCAGAAUAAGAAGGACGCUGUGACAGGUUCAGACAGGGGUGGCAGUAAUUUUUCCUCACUAUACGCUCGUGUUUGAUCUUUUUCCGGUGACUCUCAGCUUCAUUUUUGGAAAUCGACCGAGUCAAUUUCCGGUGAAAGUUCCAUUUUCUUUUUCUUCUGGUGAUUUCACUUGCAGUAUUUUCAAGACUGAGAAUCACCAUAUGAUUUCCUUCCUUUCGAAAUCGGGUAAGAAAAUGGUGGCUUUUCAAAUUCAAAUUCAAAUUGCUGUAUAGAAUUGAAUAUAGUAGAUUCUGUUUCUCU